UUCUCCGCGCCUCGCUUCCCAAAAAGAUACUCAGCUGUGGAGCUGAGAGCCUGAAACCAAUCCAAUCCUUUGGCUUCCGAGGCCAGCUGUACCGACCUCCAGCGGACCAGCGGGUUAACUCAAAAAUCAGAAGCUUUUACCCGCUGAAUCAUUCUACACCCUUUUUGGUCAAUUCAUGCCUCUCUUUGCGCCUUCAACCUCAGAAGCUUUCGUUUCCUUCCCAUGAAAUCCCAUUUCCUGCCUGAGUUCCGAUAAUCUAUUUCAAUUCCCAUCUAUCUUUGGUUUUUCUGAGGAAAGAUGCAGCUUGAUCUGGAAUCAUUGUCAGAAGCAACUUCUGGUGCCAUUGGUUCCCUUGUUAGCACAACCGUCUUGUACCCUCUCGAUACUUGCAAGACCAAAUAUCAAGCUGAAGUUCAGGCUAAACAACAGCGAAGAUACAGGUUGAAUCAUUUCCAGACAAUUCUAUCAGUAUUUGUUAGUUGGAUUACAAUUUGCAUCAUGUUAAUUAUAUUAGGAUGUUCUAAUCUUUUUGUCCGAUUUCCUUUGAAGUAGCUUGUUUAACUAUCAGUGUGAAAUUGUUGGCCAAAAAAAAAAAAAAAACUAUCAGCGUGAAAUUAUACAUUAUAAUGUUUGCCAAAGUGAUAAGUCAACUAUACUGUUCUUGUUGGCAAAUCCAGUUUCGAGUAUAUCUUACUGGCGUGUUCAUUAGCGAGUAGAACAGCAGACUAUCAGGAACAUGCGUAAAUCUUUCUGUAGUUGGUCUUCCAUGCUCAGUGUUAACUAUCCACUACUAACCUAGUAUGGAAAAAGAAAGCAGCAGAGCGUAAUGGGAAAAUUUUGUUGAGUUGAUCAAGCAGAAGGGGGAAAAAUCAUCGAUGGUUUCAACAAUAAACCGCGUAUUGCCAACUUCACAUUUCCGCUUUUCCUACUGUCACUCCAAGGUGCUUUCACUGUACCAAGGCCUUGGGACGAAGAACAUCCAAUCCUUCAUUUCGUCAUUUCUUUAUUUCUAUGGAUACAGCUACUUUAGGAGGUUAUACCUGAAGAAAACUGGAAAGAAGACCAUCGGAACGAAAGCAAACUUGGUUGUUGCCACUGCUGCUGGGGUCUGUACAAUAGUAGUAACACAGCCCUUAGAUACGGCAGCCUCAAGGAUGCAGACUAGCGAAUUUGGAAAAUCCAAGGGAUUUUGGAAGACCCUUUCGGAGGGUACAUGGAGUGAGGCAUUUGAUGGCCUCGGGAUAUCUCUUCUUUUAACAUCAAACCCGUCUAUUCAGUAUACGGCAUAUGAUCAGCUGAAACAGAGACUACUAAAGGGAAAGAUGAGCAAGAAAAUAGGUGCAAAGUCGUCCCCGGAAGCUCUUUCUGCCUUUUCUGCCUUCAUGCUGGGUGCAGUCUCAAAAUGUGUUGCCACGUGCCUAACAUACCCAGCUAUCAGGUGUAAGGUUAUGAUUCAAUCAGCUGAGUCAGAUGACAAUCGGAGUACAGAAGCUGAGCGAAGAGCACAACGAACAAUCUCAGGUGCACUCUAUACUAUUUGGAGAAGAGAAGGCUUGCUGGGGUUUUUCAACGGAUUGCAGGCGCAGAUAUUGAAAACUGUUCUGAGCGCAGCGCUACUUCUGAUGGUAAAGGAAAAGAUCACGAAGACGUCAUGGAUUUUGAUGCACAUGAUUGGCAGGUAUCUGUCUACUCCUCCCAAAGUAAAGGAAGCUUGAGUUAGCGAUAGGUACUUCACGAAUCGAUUUCUCAUCCGAG